AUGGCAUCUACAAAUGAACUUGCGAUUAAUAAUUACCAUCAGUUCUUGAAGGGCAAUUCAGACUUCAAGAUCGUGUAUGGAUUGAAAGAAGUUGGCCCUUCCAAAAGGCUGUUGGUUCUAGAUUCAUCAUUCAAUCCACCACAUCUAGGGCACUAUGAACUAUUAAAAAAAACUAUUGAAUUUUAUAACGAUUCAAAUAAUCAUGUUCUCUUAUUAUUGUCAGUUAACAACGCUGAUAAAGCUCCCAAACCUGCAAGUUUUGAGAACAGAUUACAAAUGAUUAGUAUACUGAAUAAUAUAUUGAAAUCAGAAGGUAUUGAAUCGAGUGUGGGAGUUACAACACAUGCCAAAUUUGUUGAUAAGAAUGAUGCAAUUAGGGAUUCAGGUUUCUUCAAUAAUGAUAUAGUCUUUUUAGUAGGAUUUGAUACAAUCACCAGGAUAUUUGAUUCAAAAUACUAUACUCCUCUGCUACCAGCAGAAGCAUUGAGCCAUUUUAUGGAAUGCACAGAAAUAUGCUGUUUAGCCAGGGCUGAUUCUAUUUCAAUUGAGAAACAAUACAUGUACCCAACUGAAAUUGAAAAGGGAAUAUUUGAACCUAAUAUUCCAUCUAGUUGGGGUCAUAAAAUACAUAUUCUACAUAAUGAAAAACAAUACAGUAAUAUAUCUUCUUCUAACAUAAGGUUAGAGAUUAAAGAUGGCAUAGAUCUGGAUACUCUUUCAACAGAUAUGCCUUUGCCAAUUAUUGAAUAUCUCAAAAACAAUGAUGAAUGCAUAUUUUAG